UGCCGCCGCCGCCGAGGGAAGCAAUGGUGGACGCCGCGGCGGGGGAUGGAGAGGACUCGCGGUGGAGGCGGAGCAGCACCGAUUGCGUCUCCUUCGUCGCCUCCCGCUUCGCCUGCACCAAGGGGGCUAAUUGCGAGUUCCGGCACUGCGAGGGCGCGCGGUUCAAUCCGAGCUGCUGGUACUGGUUCCAAGGCAACUGCGUCAAUCCGAGCUGCACCUUCCGCCACCCCCCAUUGGAAAGCCUGAACCAAACCAAACCCUUGGCAGAUCCACUUCUACCAUAUGCUUCUGCUUCUCUCAAGGCAGCCAGUCCUUGUUACUUCUACUACAACUCGUACUGUAAGAAGGGUGGCAAUUGCCCCUUUCUACAUGAGCCUCCAACUUUUAACAGUGUUGUUGGAACUUGUUCUGGAGCCACCACUUCCAACAUUGCUGCACAUGGAAAUUCUGCUGGAGAUGAGAAGAUAGAAUCAUCAAAAUUUGCUCUUGCUAAUCCUUGUCAAGGCAGCCCUGAACGCAUAAGGAAUCACCACUCAAAAGGAGUUUCAGAGUCAACCAGUACCUUAUUUAAUGGAGCUGCUUCAAAUGCACCUGAAACAUCAAUUGAUGCAGUUGGAUACAUGAAAAGCUCCACGCCAUCUGAUCAAAGUUCAGGAGAUCCAGCAAUGGAACAUGCAGAACAGGAUGAAUCGCGUGAUUCCUCCCCUGGAUUUGAUGUCCUUGUGGAUGAUGGACUCCCUAACAAGAUUGAUCUUGAGCAUCAACUGGCACAGGAAAGAGGCACUGAUGUGCUUAAUGUGGAAAAUUAUAUUGGAGACCCAGUUGUUUAUGGUCUGGAUUAUCAUAAUGCAGAGUACCAGGAGCAAGGACUUAGUGACUUUGAGCGCGGCUGUUAUCUUGAAGGAGUUCAUGGGCAUAGUUGUUUGACCACAUUAAGACAUAUACCACAUAUUAGAUCAGAUCAUGUAAAUUCCAAUUCUGAAGAGCAUGGCAAAAAGUUCUUCAAUCCGAGAAGCUUAAUGGGCUCGCGUGCUGACUUUGAUCACCAGAACACUCAGAUUGGACAUAUAUCAAAGCAAAGACCUGAGAGGAGAAGAAGUGCAAAGGGCAAGAAUGGCCGCACUAAGAGACAUCGUACUCAUGAACCCAGGAAUGGUUCAGAAGAGAUUGAGCAAAGACCAACACAUGACAUGCACAAUUCGUUGAUGGGAGAUUGUUCUCGUUCUCUUGUCUGUGCAACCUUCAGAGGACAGAAGAAGAAAAGUAGAAGAAAGCAACACCAUGCUCAUUCUGCUAGAUCAUCAAACUAUACUAAUGCAAAUGCAAAGCACAUUGAUGAUCCUGAAAAUUUUACUGGUCCAAAGUCCCUUGCUCAGAUAAAAGAAGAGAAGUGUAGGUCCAGGCCAAGUUUUAGUCAUCCCACUGUUCACGUGGCUCAUGGGAGAUCAUUCUCAAAUGAUUUUGAGGGGCCCAAAUCCCUGAGUGAGCUUCUCAAGGCCAAGGGUAGGACUCCUGUUGGUUAGGGAAUCAUUCUGUAGCAAGUGUAGAUGGUGAACUUGGUCAGAAUGAUGCCAGUGAAAGCUAGUUUUUGCUAGCAUAACAAGCAACUUGGAAGUACUUUUGUAAAAGAGCAUGGAAAAUGUUGAUUUCCUGUGCUGUGGACAAAUUGUUAAGAGGAUGGUGAGUGUGACUGUGUGAGGAGGAAGAAAGGACCAAUAUUCAGGAAUUACUUUUGCUUACUGCCACGAUUGGUAAAUGGCACUAACCCUCUUGUUACUUAGUGUUGCUAAAUUCUUAUAACUUUAAAAUGGUGCUUUCUGGAGAUAAAUUUCUGUUACGCUCUUGGAUACCAUCCAAUGGAUGUGGAACACCUGUCAACGUUCAUUGUGUUGUUCUGCUCAGUUAUAUGACAUCAGCUUAUUUA